AUGGACCCCGCCGUGCUUCGCGAGCUCGCCCGAGUCGACCCCGCGGUUCCUUUCCGCGCAGCCACCGAUCACCUCCAUCAUACCUGGGCGCAGACCUUCUACGCGCGGCCGGAACUAUACGUACGCCCUCAGUCCCUCGAGGAAAUUCGGAAACUGGUGAACUUGGCUCGCCAAUGUCGUCGUCGCCUGGUCACCGUCGGUAGCGGCCACUCCCCCUCCGAUCUCACCUGCACGUCCUCCUGGCUCGUGAACCUGGAUGAUUUCAGUCGGGUCUUGGAGGUUUCUCCUGAGACGGGCGUCGUCACGGUGGAGGCCGGUAUCCGGUUGAGAGAUCUGGGUGCGCAACUGGAAAAGCAUGGCUUGACAUUGUCCAACUUGGGGAGUAUUGACAGUCAGUCUGUCGCGGGAGUGAUCUCGACGGGUACCCAUGGAAGCUCCCUUCAACAUGGCCUGAUCUCCGAGUGCAUCUUAUCGUUGACUCUCAUGCUGGCUAAUGGGCAACUGGUGCGGUGUAGUGCCACCAGUAACCCGUCUCUCUUUCGCGCAGCGCUUAUCUCUCUAGGAGCGCUUGGUAUCAUCGUUGAGAUCACUCUGCAAGCGGAGCCCACAUUUAAGGUUGCCUGGCGUCAGACGCGGCGCAAGCUGUCCAGUGUCUUGUCUGAGUGGUCGUCCGGGUUAUGGACAUCGCAUGAAUUUGUUCGGGUGUGGUGGAUGCCUUAUGAGAAAAGUGCGGUCGUUUGGCACGCCGACAAAACUGACCUCCCGCUGCGUGCUCCUCCAAAGACAUUCUAUGGAGAGACAGUCGGAUACCAUGUCUACCACAAUUUGCUGGCCCUGGCCAACUAUUUCCCUCGGAUCCUGCCGUGGGUAGAAUGGCUUGUCUUCGGUUUGCAGUAUGGUUUCAAGGAAAACGCAAUAGUGACGGAAGCUGUCGAACCGGCCCGCGCUGGUCUUCUCAUGAACUGUCUCUACUCCCAGUUCGUCAAUGAAUGGGCACUGCCACUGGAGAAGGGCCCGGAGGCCAUCACUCGACUCUCCGCCUGGCUAAAUGGUGAUUCCGAAACGGCACGCAUCCCUUUUCCCGUCGACGGCUUGUGGGUGCAUUGUCCCAUCGAGGUCAGAGUCGCCGACUCUACAUACAACCAGGCGCCUCGUCCUUUCCUAGACCCUACCUCUUCCGAAGGACCGACGUUGUAUCUUAAUGCGACCCUCUAUCGCCCGUACCAUCGGGAUCCCCCCUGCACGGACCGGUAUUACGAGGCUUUUGAGUGGCUUAUGCGAGAAAUGGGCGCAAGGCCGCAUUGGGCUAAGAAUUUCCAGACGACGAGAAACGAGCUGAAAGAUCUGUAUGGCGAGGACAUGGCUGAAUGGUUGAAGGUGCGCCAGGAUGUGGACCCUGACGGCAUGUUCCUGGGUGAGUGGCACUACCGGAAUCUUGCCUUGCCUGGUAGCGAAGGUGAAUCGACCUCUACCGGACCGGCUGCCCUCCCGCUUCUCGAGCGCGAAAAAGCUCGUCGGAGGGCAGACGUCCGAGGAUCUGGUGACGGCAUGGAGUGGAUCGGGGACAAACGCUGGGAAAUGAAGGAGGACCGUCAGGCUGCGUUCGUGCCCGCGCUAGAGAACGAGAAAUACCAUGGCUUGCCAGACGGAACAAGUCUGAGUCCUCCCACCACAGCAACCAGCGAAGAGAGCUUUGAUUUCCUGGCGGCGGGAGAGGCCAGCAUUGUCCUUCCUGAUCACCGCGCGUGA